AUGAGCGACAAAGGACGACAUAUUGGACCAUCAGAGUUACUGCAGUGGGCUGUUCUCCAAACAGCCACAAAGAAUGAAGAUGCACCUGGUCCAGGACCUCAGAAUGUCGAGCCAAUAGAUCCAAAAUGGAUCGACUUGAUUCUUGGAAAGAGUGAUGCUAUUCGUAUGCGUGAAUGUGUGGAAUUCUUUUCAAAUCCAUCAAAUUCCGUUGAUGACAGAAUCACAAAUAUGGAUGAUCUAGAGCUACUAGUCGAGUCUCUAGAUAACGCUAAUGGUAUUUAUGCUCUUGCUUUUGAGAUAUCCGAUACAUUGCUCAUGCGACAAUCAGAUUUACGACCACUGAAUUUAUGGAGGCCCAUUAUAUCCACUGUAUCUGAUCCAGAUCCUAAAAUACGGCAAUAUGCUGUUUGGAUACUUGGGACUGCUAUCAAGAACAACGCAAGAUCUCAGACGGAUUUUUUGGACUCAGAUGCUCUGCCACCUGUAUUGAACGCUCUGGAAUCAGAUUCGGAUGCUGAAGUUAAAGCCAAGGCUGCAUAUUGUAUUGCUGGAUUAUUAAACCACAACACACGAGCCCUAUCAUCAUUCCGCUCACUGAAUGGAUUCAAAAUACUGCAAGCAGCACUCCAACCCCAAAACAAAACCAACACCACCCUCCAAACACGAAUCCUCUUUCUCUUAAACACACUAUUAGAUGUAUCUGCCGAAGACGACAAGAAGGAUCAGAUAGCUGGGAAACUCGUAUCGCAAGACGUGGUGUCUGAAGGGAUCUGUGAGUCUCUUGUUGACAUUAUAAAAACUGCGCAGGAUGUCAAUUUAGCUGAACGGGUGUUGCAGCUGGUGACUACACUGGCAACCAAGUAUCCAGGUACGAUAAAGAAUUCAUUGAGAGAUCAGUUGGUGGAGAGUGCUCCGAGGUUGCGUGAGGUGGAUGGAGUAGACGGAGAGUUGGUUGAUGGAGCGAUUCGUGCCCUUCAGAAUCUCUCAAAGUGA